AUGGACGAGCAUGGCAAUAUCAUCUACGAAGGCCCUGACUACCAAGAUUCCGCUUCCGACUUUUCCGACGGAGCCGAUGAGGAGGAGCUCAACAAACACAGACCAUCUUAUCGCGAAGCAAACCAACAGUACCGCAAGAGUCGGCGGGCUCUCCUUCUGUCUGGCUUGUCCUCCUUUGCAUCUUCACCUUCAUCGGAGAACCUGGGUAGUGCCUCCCCAACAGUGCGCCACGAUGCUUCUGCAAGCCCAUCAAGCUCGAUUUACGAGAGAGAGCAUCCAUCCGAAUCAUAUUACCAGCCAGACACGGCAGAACCAGUCGAUAAUGCGAAUGCAGGCGGAAGGACUGACGGUCUACGGUAUGACUCCGACUCUGACAAGCAGGCUAUGCACAUCGACAGAUCUACAGAUAGCCGGCAUUCGAGCGCUAGCAGAGUCAAGUCAGAACCUCGACUCUCGUUCGACGAGGAUACAAAGCCUCUGCACGAUCAACAGCAUUCCCAGGCACCAAAAGGCGCAGCCUCCGACGUGCUUAGUGUCGCAAGCAACGGCGAGGGGCAUGAACGACUUGCACCUCCCCCGCCGUCGCCAAGGACACGUUCAUCUCUGACCAACAUUCACCCAUCGAUACCGUCCCCUUUGCACAGGGGCGGAAGUGAGCUCAGUGGUGCUGGCGAUAAGGAAGGCCGCCCUCAGGGUGGCCUGGCGCCAUCUCCUCUCAUCUUCGACCAGGAUAUGCAUGAUCCAUCCGAAGCAUACAUGACACCCAGAUUGAGUCCCACCACGCUUCACGAGGAACCUAAAUAUUCAAUAUCUUCGAACGGACAAGAAAAGCAGAUGCGCGAGGAUGAGGAAAAGAAGAUUACACAGCCGAGGUCAACUGUCGCUGCUACAGCAAACCGUCUAGAUACAAGACCGUUUAGCUUGUGGGACUACCUCAAGGAGGAAGUGCUGGCUACCGACUUUGACGCCACCCAAGAGAUGAAGUGGGAAAGGGUCACCAACUUCAUCUCGAUUCCCUUCUGGAUGGAGAAGAUCAUCAUGUUUGGUUUCGUGGUCUGCUUGGACUCGUUUCUCUACACAUUCACCAUCUUGCCGCUGCGCUUCGGCGUUGCGAUGUGGACGUGGAUCGGCAACAGCGCAAGGUGGAUCCUGGGCGGCCAGAAGCGAUACCUUCAAUCAUCACAGAAGUGCGAUAUCUUCAAGAUGCUUCUCAUAGUGCUCAGCUGUGUCAUCCUUUCGCGCAUCACUGACGCCAGUAAGAUGUAUCACUCAGUCCGAGGCCAAGAUGUUGUCAAGCUGUCCGUCAUCUUCAACGUGCUUGAGAUUGCAGAUCGACUAUGCUGCAGUUUUGGCCAAGAUUUGCUAGACUCGCUCUUCUCCCGCAGCACGCUGGCGCGGCGCAAGAAUGGAAAGCAACCUUACUUGCGACCCAUUGGAUUCUUCCUGCUGAGCCUCUGCUACGUGCUCGCACACACAUUGGUGCUGUUCUACCAGCUAGUGACGCUCAACGUCGCCAUCAACAGCUACGACAAUGCUCUCCUCACACUUCUUCUCUCGAACCAAUUCGUCGAGAUCAAGUCGAGCGUGUUCAAGAAGUUCGAAAAGGAAAACGUCUUCCAAAUGACGUGUGCCGACAUUGUCGAGCGUUUCCAACUGACUCUGAUGCUCUCCGCCAUCGGUUUGCGUAACCUUAUCGAGCUAUCAGGCGGAUCUUUGGAACCUUCCUCAAGCCCACUUCCGACCAGCUUCACCGUCUUCCCUAGUCUCAGUCUUCUGGAGACGGUUCUGACGCCCGUCUGCAUCGUUCUAGUGAGCGAAUGCAUUGUCGACUGGCUCAAACACGCCUUCAUCACAAAAUUCAACCACAUUCGACCAGCUGUCUAUGGUCGCUUCAUGGACGUCCUCUGUCGUGAUCUCGUUGUUGGAGGUCCAUCAACCAAGGAGAACAGCCGCAAGCACACAUUCGUCGACCAAAGCCCCAUCAUCAGCCGUCGACUUGGUUUUGCUGCUCUUCCACUGGCUUGUCUUCUUGUCCGACUCAUCUUGCAAAUCAUUGGCAUGAUCGGCGAUACGAGUCACAUUGAUGAGUGCAUCGCCCCUGUUAAUCCUCGCGAAACGGGAUGGAUCGGUGUUGUGGCACGCAAGCUCGGUGCUGUAGAUAUUGACAAUGACUGGAUGCGGGCGAUGGACCUCUUCCUUAGACGUUCGGCUUGGGCAUUGACUGCUGUCAUUGCUUGGGCUUUCUUGGUAGCUAUCAAGCUCUUGUUGGGGACAAAUUUGGUUAGCUUUGCUUCGCAUAGGUAUGCUACAAUGCGCGAGAGGGAGAAUGAAGAGAAUCUCAAUUCCAAGGAUCGCGCUCCCAUCGGAACGAACAAAGAUGAGAGAAGUUAUGAUAAGUCACUCGGCCACUUCAUCGAUAAGCCAGACUACGAUGCGAUUCAGAUCAAACUUGAUGGAACACACGUCCUUCCUCCAGCAAAAGACAAGGCAGAAAAGGCAAAGGCAGGUGGAGGAGAGGCAAAGGUGAAGAAAGAAACCUCAUUGAUGGAGGUCAGUCGUUACAAUAUGGUUCGCUCUCGCAUUUGGUAG